AUGUCGUAUAAUAAUAAGAAGAGGAAUGGCAGCUUCAAACGUCGAAACGGCGGGGACUAUUACUUCCCGAACAAGAGACCGCACCAUCAUCACCAGCCUACAGGGACCACGUCGCGAUACAACAACCAAGUACGGCCGCCGACAGAGCCGGAGCCUGCGGCGCCGGCGCCGGCGGACGUCGCGACGUCUGCUGCCGUUGCCGCUACGCGGCAAUCACGUUUCCAGCCCCAUCGAGCCCUGCCCAAAGCCCCGAGACAGGUGUCGCGCUACAACAACGGCAACCUGCCGGCUCCUCCGGCAGGGCCAGCGUCACUGCGAGUGCCAGCGACCAUAAUCACACACACACACUCGGUCGAGUCCAGCUACCAGAGGAUAACGCAGGUCGGUGAGGGCACGUACGGUAAAGUCUACAAGUGCCGGAACAUAUACACAAACAAGCUUGUUGCUCUCAAGAAGCUGCGACUGGAGACCGAGCGCGAUGGCUUUCCUAUCACGUCCAUCCGUGAAAUCAAGCUGCUCCAGCACUGCCAGCACGAGAACGUGAGCACAAUCGCAGAGAUCAUGUGCGAGGCGCAGAAGACCGUUUACAUGAUCUUCGAGUACGCGGACAACGACCUGAGCGGUCUUCUAAUGAACAAAGAGAUACAUUUUUCGGACGCCAAUUGCAAGCAUCUUUUUCGGCAGCUGCUGAAAGGCAUGGAAUAUCUGCAUGAGUGUCGGAUCCUGCACCGCGACAUCAAGGGCUCGAACAUCCUUAUUGACAACCGGGGCAACCUGAAGAUCACGGAUUUCGGGCUGGCCCGCAAGAUGAAGCAGGAGCCCGACUAUACAAACCGCGUCAUCACCUUGUGGUACCGCCCCCCGGAGCUCCUGCUAGGCACCACGCGCUACGGCACAGAGGUCGACAUGUGGGGCUGCGGCUGCCUGCUGGUUGAGCUGUUCCUCAAGGCUGCUUUCUUCCAGGGAACCAACGAGCUCGAGCAGCUCCGUUGCAUUUUCCAAGUCCUCGGUACGCCGACCAUCGAGCAGUGGCCAGGGCUGUUCGACAUGCCGUGGUGGUUCAUGAUGAUCCCCCAACAGAAGGAAAACUACCCGAGCCGCUUCGACGAGAAGGUCAGUGGCGUGCUGCCCACCCAGAGCUGUCGCGACCUUGCCCGUGGUCUGCUGCUGUACGACCAAAAAAAGCGCUUCUCCGCCUCCGAAGCCCUCAAGAGCGCCUACUUCUACGAGCUGCCUCGUCCCGAGCCGCUCAAUCUUGGCGACUUCGACGGCUGCCACGAGUUCGAAGCCCGUAGGCAGCGCCGCAAGGAACGCGAAGAGACCAAGAAGGCCGCGGCAGCCUCCGCCAGCUCUGCAUCCAAAAAGUCUGCAUAG